CUAGUUUCUGACAGAUUUUCGCACCACUAUCAAUUCAUAUUCGCCGCCAACCAUGCGAUUUCGACACUGUCCAUCUCUCAUAGCUGCAUCGGUGCAAUUCACUGCAGCUGCCAACAUCACGAUUCUCGGGCCCGGGGACCUUCACCAGGACGUCGCAGAUUCCUUUUUAUUCUGCCUCAAUGCAACCGGCAUUUAUUACCGGCUAUAUAUAGACGCAGGGAUUACGAUUGUGCUUCCGCCCAACAAUCGCGGAAUUGAUACAGAUGAAGACGAUGAGUUCCUAUUGCAGUGCAUGAUGAUGGCCUGUGAUACAAUGAGUAUUGCGGCGGAGGGCAUGAACGAGGAUAAUGAAAACCAUAUGAAUAGUGUUUAUGCCUCCCUGGUGACGUACGAAUGGCUCGUCGAGCAAGGUGCUCGGGGUUUGCGUGCGAUCGGUACGAGGCCGGCCCUGACCCUGGAGGAUAUUGCUGGGCGCGAUGGGGGUGAGAAUGAGGUGAGUUUGGCGAAAAGAAAUUGUUUUGUAUUGUGACCUUGCACUGAAAGAUGAAUGCAGGAAUGAGGCUUUCAUGUCACCCACCGUAAUAGCGUCAAGGGAGAAUCACCCUGAUUCGGACCGAUUGAUUCGAACCUUGUUGUGAUGAACUCGGCUAGUUCGAUCAUGCCCGCCUCCGUAUGCAGCAGAUUGAGGCCAGAACAUUGAGACUGUAAUAGCUGGAUGGAUAUGCACACCCAGUUUG